AUGUUCUGCUACCGCUCCUACCGUCAUUCCCGCCGAAAACGCCAACGCCUCCUAACACUCGCUCUCCCCAUCCUCGCCUUCCUCACUUUAACCCUCCCAUUCUACAUCAUCUACAAGCCUCCGCAAGUACUGGUCUCCUACUUCGCACGCAAAUACCCCGAUAUCCUCUGGCAUGUGCCCACUCUAAAACCCGGCGCGCAGCCGAUCGUCGCCCUCACAAUCGACGACGCACCCUCGGAAUUCACGCCGGAGAUCCUCCGCUUGCUCCGCGAGAAUGACGCAAAGGCGACAUUCUUCCUGAUCGGUGACCAUAUCCCCGGACGGGAAGGGCUUAUGAGGGAUGCGGUGAACGAGGGACAUGAGCUUGCGAACCAUGCGAUGCACGAUGAGCCGAGCAAGAACUUGAGUGACCAGGAAUUGGCGGCGCAAAUCCAGGCUGUGCAGAGUCGGAUUCAGAGGAUUUAUGCGAUGGCUGGGAAGCAGGCGGAGGCGCAUGAUGAGGUCAAAUUGGACGAUUUCGAACAGGAUUCGCUCUUUGCCGGGGCUGGCACCGGUGGCGGGUCAUCGUCUGGCUCGUCGAAACAGUCUCGCGGCGUUGAGAAUGCGGAAGGGCAGGGCCUGAGUGAAGUUGGGGAGAGCAUACCUGCGGGUGCGGGUGGGCCAGGACGGUAUUUCCGACCAGGCUCUGGAUUCUUUACGGAUCGGAUGAGAGCGCUUGUACAGCGGCAAGGGUUCAGACUUGUGCUUGGGAGUGUGUACCCGCAUGAUCCGCAAAUUAGUAUGCCGUGGGUGAAUGCUGCGCAUGUCUUGAGUAUGGUCAGGCCGGGAAGUAUCAUUAUCGUGCAUGAUCGGAGGCCCUGGACGGCGCCGAUGCUGGCUCAAGUUUUACCCGAGCUGAAGAGAAGGGGGUAUAGAGUCGGGACGGUGUCGGAUUUGCUCAAGGAGGGGGCUUCUAUGACUGCACAAUAG